AUGGCGUCUGGGUCGCUGAACCCGGACUAUUUCCCUAAUAUAGAGAAAUGUCUUGCUGGCGAGCUCCUCCUUCUUUCCUGGGACGAUCUCUUUGACGCGGUCCUUUCCCAUGACGAAUCGAAGAGAGACUUUGUGACCAAGCUGCUCUCCGGUAACCACACUAAAGAGAUACUGGAGUCUACGUUCCCCGUGUUUCCCCCGCCGUCCACCUCGUCAAAAAGUACCUUCGACUCCCAAAUUUCGACAAUCCCUUCAGGUGGACAAUUCAACCGUGACGAGUUGAGGGAGGAUGCUUUGUGGCUCAGCAAGCAGGUCAACCUCGAAGAGAAGGAGGCGUUGCGAUUGACCAUCCUGGAGUGGCAGUAUCGUUCCGAAUCCAGGUUGCAAGAAGGGUUUUGCCAGGCUGAAGUGGCGAGCCUGAAAGACGCCCUUGGAUCAGAUUUUGUGGACAGGAGUUGUCAAGGGCGGGGGCGGCGACCCCUAGCAAGAGACGAAGAAACCCUUGACUCUCGAAAUACACGCCGAGCCCGUCUGAUCCGGAGGCAUCUGGAGCAAGAAGUCCUGCUUUUGCGCCUCGCAGAGGAUCUUUUGGAUGUCAGUCUCUUGCCGGACACAGACGAAACAGCGCCGCCGCAACCCGGCAGGAGAUUAGCCAAUCUAGUACGACAUGGAUCAGCUGGCCUUACCCGGGACAUUGAGGAUGCAGUCAAGUUUAUCCAAGCACAGGUGAAGAGUCUGCAGUCUAUCCCUUCAUGGGAAUUGGAUGAGCCACAUCUGUGCAUUCUGAAAGUUGUGGGAGAUACUGCCAGUCUACAAAUGAUUGGUGUGGCCCUGGAAAUUCUGUUACUGAGGUUGCGGAGCUCAGAAGAGAAACCGUCGUCGCAGGCCGUUCUUCACUGGCUCAAGUUCAUGUCCUCGGUUGCGUUUUUCGCCUCUUUCAGCUCCGAAAUCGACGCUCAACAGGUAGCGAUCCAAAGAAUACAGUCAGGAGCAUCCCUGGUGUCAUUGUCUCUGCUCAACCUCGGAUCUACUGUCGCUACCUUGAACAAAAUGGCCUUGUCCGGCCAUGCUGGUCGACACGACUCCCAGACAGAGUACUUCUUCGAUCUCGACUGCGCUUUUCAAAUACAUGAGCUGCUUUCUAAUGAAGCCGCUACGAGGAACAUACAAGCCGGCCCUGCGAUCCUCGCAUGGGCAAUCGUGGUUCAUCGCAUCAAACAACUUGGUAUUGCCAUGAAGGAAAACAGAGAAAGCCACCAUAUUCAAAGAACGAUUGACGGGAUCGCGGCGUUCGAUGCAGCGACUGGGCGUCGAAGUUCUUCAGGCAGCGGUUCCUCUUUCCAGACGACAAUUUUCGAAGAUCUUCUUGAUAGAUUCACUACGCUCAACACGAGCGACGAUCCAUCGAUAUUUCUCCUCGAAGCUGCCAUUGAGCAGUGCCACAUUGUUGAGUACAUCGGAGUACUUGCUGCAUCAGCCGGCAAUACGGCGAGAACACUGGCUGUUUACAAAUUCCAAACGAUACAAGAACUUCUUGCAGUGUCACAGUCAUUCUUGGGAUACACACCCGAGUUAGUAUCAUCGCAGCUAGCCUUGCUGUCAUCUACUCCCGACCCCUCCUCCGAGAAGAGAGUCUAUGACCCCGCAAUGGAGUUCAUUGAAGACAAUCUUCUAUUGGAAGGCUUCUUCGACACUUCUGCAGCAAGAUUUCCAUACGAGUGUUUGCCUUUUCUGCGUUUCUGUCGGGUAUUGGCUAAGGCUCCCAUCUUUAGUGAGGAUGGGACGCAGUAUGUCGAAUUUCGGCUUCGGAGACUCGUAUCCUUUACUCAAGCCGCGGUGAAAGGUAUUGACUACAAAACGACCCGCGAGGAUGAAAUUGGCAGCUUCGUGGCUCUCAACAAAUCAGUCAAUGCACUUGAUCUUUCACAGAACAAGCUGCUGACCUUCGGACACCAGGAAUCAGAGACUACGUCGAUUAUCCCAGCUGGUGCCAUUGGUGAAGUCAUCUCUGACCCAGACACAUCCCCAAAGGUAAUCAGAUGGCAAUACGAGUUCUCUGGUCUGGCAUACAUGGGGCAAUUACUGGAGCUGCGUUACAUGGGCCUGCUAGCCACUGCCUUGACGCCAUUUGAAGACCCUGACGCUGUGACCUCGGAGAUCAUUGGCGUUCUGACGACUCUUCUAUCGACUGUUCUCAGCAGCACCUUCUACGGGCAGUCUGCUGACCAAAUUGAGCAUCACUGCACCUCGAUUCUGGACGAAGCCAGCAGCAAUCUCGCUUCAGACAUGGAUGUAGUCCUGUACAUCUUUGACAUUCUCGAACAAGAGUUGCAAGCUUUUCGGCGUCGGGCUACGUCGGUUUUCGAUUGUCGAGUCAUGGCGUCUUGUCUUCAGUUCGUCAGUGUCCUGACGAAAAUCAAGCCGCACCUUAUUUGGUCCUAUCUCAAUCGAACAAGUCUCCUUGGUCAUCAUUCAGCUCCUUCACCUAUCCUCAACAUUGUCAGUGUAGUGGAAGUACCUCUCCGGAACUUUGAUUUCUUGGAAAAUUGCACAGAGUUAUACCGAUCACUGGUCAACUUGGCGCUGAGGGAGUCUGGUCAUGGUCUUUCGUCCACCGAAGGUCUCCCGAGUCGCAACUCAACAGUGUCCGCAGCCUGGCGAGUCCAGAGCAAGAUGCUCUUAGCUGCAACAGAGACCAUGUUCCAAAUCUUUCAAGAAAUAUCAGACUGGUCAUUUCGAGUAUCCGCUCAACAGGUCCGUAUCAGCACUUCGAUUGCUGAUUCAUUUUACGAUAUUAUUCGCUACGCCUUUGAUUACGGUCUGUCAAUCGGCUCUUCGAACCAUUUGACGAUACCUUUUCUUGAGGCAGCGAAAUAUCUUGUGGCUUCGUUCCGACUAUCGGGUCCCGAAGAUUCGGCGAUCUACCCCUUCACACGUCUCUUUUUCUUAGCGAGCACAGUCGACAGAUCUACACUAGCUCACGAAGGUCUCUUUGAUCGACAGGUCAGCGCUGUAUUGUCGUUAGCAUCGCUGCUUGUUCGAUACGGCCAAGUACAGGAGCUUCCAUUGUCAAUGCUGGAAAGACGUAUAUUUGAUGCAGCACCUUGCCUGAUUCGGACACUGCAGUCUCCAUCUUCCGUCCGGACUCCUUGCCUGAAGUUAUUGCGCUUCGUUAUCGGAUAUGUGGAACAAUAUCAGGCCUCGUCUUUGUUGGGCCAUCUGGGUUCUUCGUCCUGCAUUGACUUCGUCAAUCUUGUCCGACAUCUUGACCAGAAGUCUAUAAUUCCCGAUGAACGCGCUGAACUCUGGAAACUCCUCACUUUCUUGGUCAAGGAUUCUCAGCAAUGGCUGGCCAUGGUCAUCCUCACAGGCGCUGCUCCGGACGACUUCAAGCGUGUCAAGUCAGGGGAGUCCCCUACCAAGUGCGUUCCUGGCCCAACAUUCAUCCAGUCUGCCAUGAAGGAGUUGAACGAUAUCUCAAGAUUACCUCGAAUAGUUUCGAGGGCAAUGCUUGACUUUGUUUUGGAGGCGCAGCAAAAUUGGCCUUGGGUGACAAAGGAUCUCUCGUCCUCGGACAAAUUCUUUUCCACGAUUGUCUUAUUCGUCGCUGGUUUCGAUCCCAAGUCCCACGAUGAGAUUGAUGUUGCCCAGCAGAACUUGGUUGCCACUGUUGUCGCUGACAUUGCAACAACUCAUCUCCAUCAUGCGAAAGUUGCGGGAGACUUCAACGCUGUCAAGACCUUCUUGCCAUUGCUUAAUUGGCUUACCUCAAAUGCUGUCGAAGUUUCCAGUUAUAAUUCAUCGCUGCAUGCCAACCUCCGUCGAAAUUUUGCUGCCAAGUACAAUGGACUGGUAGUUUCCGACGUCAGUCGUACCGGGCUGACUGAACGGUUCUACGGGCCGAACUUCUUCUACGAUCUCCAAUAUGCCAGUGAGUUGUUGGCCAAGGACUCAUACUGGCAAGGUAGGCGAGGGAUGCCCAGCGGCCAGUCUUUUGCAGCAGAGUUCAGGCGGGCAAAUACCAAUCUCUCAGUCGUGGAUUCCGAACUGAUUCUGCUUUCAAGCCUGCAGCGCUUUUGUGUCGACCACUGCAGAUUCUUCGCUCGAGAUCGCGAGGUCCAGAAAGCGAUGGCACAGAUUGUCCGAAAGUCUUUACAAGCAAAUUGUCAGGUUUAUCCGUCUGAAGUGCUCUUCGAGUCGCUGUUUCAAACUCGGGCAGAUCUAUGCUUAACCCUCCUACGUCAACUGGUUGCAUUCGGCGUCAAAGGGUCAGACUUCGCAGGGUUAUUGGAACCCGCUUGGGACGCUGUCAGGUUCAGAAAUGGUUCCUAUGAACACGCGAUCAUCAACAAUGACCUCGCCUAUUGGCGAUCGAUCCUCUCCAUUCUACUCCUCGCCAUUCAGUUCCAUGUCAAGAAGAAGAGGAGGCCGACCAUGAUUCCGGGUAGCUCUACGGGUGUUGUUACACUGGAUCACGAAAAUGUAACAUUCCUCGAAAUCACAACUACAAUUGUGGCAGAAGGGUUCAAAUCCGCUGUUCUUGCUCUUCAGGACCAGAAGGAAAAGAAGCUCAAGACUGACGACGAUACUGAAGACGAUCUUAUUGGACCGCGUGACAUCUCACUCUUGUUGACACUAAUGCAAACAAUUCUCAGAUUGCCUAGUCUUCCUCAAUUCUUGGUGGAGUUAUCGGAUCGAAUAUCUGCUUCUGGUAUCAUCACGGUUGGCCUCUUGCUCUACUCGUGGUCGCAUAUCCUGACCCGAUCAGAGAGUGGUGCUCAACCUCGAUAUGCUGAGUACAGUGUACAGCUGUUGGCUUCGAUUUCAUCACUGCCAUCUGUCGCGGAAGAGCUUGCCGUUGAGGGCGUGCUCAAUCGACUUCUUUCCUCAAAGACUUCUGAGUUACUUCAGAACGUUCCUGGCGGUGCCUCGCAUACCGACACACGACCCAACUGCAGUUAUCUCUACCAGUUAUGGGCGAAGGGAUUUCUCCCACUCUGCCUUAAUCUCCUUCACGCGGUCGGCGGUGCAGUUGCGCCUGAAAUCUCUGCUUUUCUCAAUCGGUUUCCCAACCAAUUGAUUCGUGCAAGCACCAGUCUAAUGCUUACGUCGCAAUCGGCUCAUGGUGGAGCCUACGCGUUAACCCUGACCGUGACGAAUGAAGCUGCAACUCUAGCUCUUAUCUCGCGCAUUCUUUCUUCAUAUCGGGACGCUGGUGCAUCUGCUGCGGUGGACCCCACGACUAUAUUACCAUUGAAAGGCUACGACGAGCACAGGAAAGCCAUUGUCGAAGACCUGCGCGAUAUACUUGCCAUGAAGGAAGAGGCAAGGCGUAAGCUGACAAUAGCACUCGACGAAAAAGAAGUCAGCUGGCAGAAUGCGAAGAACGGCGACCUACUCGAUGCGAAGAUUGUGCAGGAGCUGAAGAUGGCUCUUGCAGCACUGAGCACGGACGACGAUCAGGACGAGAAGUAA